UAUUUGGAAAUGUUAAAGUAUUUUUCAAAGUUUUUAGGAGCUACAGAUCCUGAAGCUCAGAGGAAAGCGCUGUUGUAGAAGAUUCUGAAUGGAUCACUUCGAAAAGGAUUUAGUUGAUGCACUUAAAGACAUUGUCAAGGCUGGAAACUGGCAGUGUGUGGGAGACAAAUCUAAAUUUAAGUCACCAUGCACGAAGCUCUACUCAGACGAUGGAGAGCAUAUAGUCCUGGUGCAUACAGAAGAUGACAGAUUCUGGGCUAUGGAUUCAUCUUGCCCACAUGAAGGUGGCCCACUUGAGCAAGGUGAUAUUGAGGAUCUUGGCAAUGGGAAACUGGCAUUGAUUUGCCCAUGGCAUGACUUUGAUUUCAGCCUUGAAACAGGUUCCUCUUCCUCUGGACUACAGAACCAAGUGUAUGAUGUCCGAGUAUUGGAUGGAAAGGUGCACAUAAACACUCAGAGCACACUGUCUCUUUGUCCCAUCCCAGUGGCAAAAAUAACCCACCAAGAGAAUUUACCAAUGGAAAUAAACUCAGCCUCUGAAAACACGCUCUGUAUGUGGGCCACAAAAAUCCUUCGUACCCCAGAUCCACAGGAAAAGGUUUCCUUGACCAGGAUGGUGCAAGAGAAAUGGAACAUUGGGACAAUAACAGAGAUUGGGGAGGCUAGCCCUCCCACGCAACCCAGCAGGAAAGACAAUCUGACAGUUUUGGAGCCUGGAAAAAUCAAACGGGGCAAAGGAGGAACAUUGGCAAGUAGGAUUGCCUUGCUGCACUCACUAGCUAACAUAGAGCAAUGGGCAAUAGACCUCUCUUGGGAUGUCAUAGCGAGAUUCUCCACAUUCAGACUAACUUCGGGAGAGCCACUACCACGUCAGUUCUUCGAUGACUUUGUCAAAGUUGCAGGAGAUGAGGCCAAGCAUUAUCAGUUACUAGAGCAAAGGAUAAUGGAACUUGGCAGCAGCUUUGGUGCUUUGCCAGUACACAACGGUUUAUGGCAAUCAGCAACAGAUACUGCUCACAAUCUUUUGGCAAGGCUGGCUAUUGUGCACAUGGUCCAUGAGGCCAGAGGUUUAGAUGUGCACCCUCAGACACUGUCCCGCUUUGCCACUCAAGCUGACACAAGCUCAGUGAAGGUGCUGGAGGUGAUUUAUACUGAUGAGAUCACACAUGUGGCUGCAGGCCUGAGAUGGUUUACAUACAUCUGCUCAAAGGAGGGACGGGAUUCCUUGAAAACCUUCCAUGACUUGGUGAAGAUACAUUUCAAAGGGUUUUUAAAGCCUCCAUUCAACAUAGAGGGAAGGAAAACAGCAGGGAUGACAGAGGAGGUACAGUGGUAUGUUCCUCUUGUCAAGCCCUCCAGCAUACAGAAGACAUCAUGAUGCAUCUAUUUUCCUAUGACGAUCAAGAAAACACGGACUCUGUUGGUGCAUUUCUGUUAAAUAGCUCUCAGACUCACUGAUCCAGUGUUCCUUGGAAAUAAUGACUAAAGAACUUUCAAUCAGCACAGAUUUCUGUCAAGUGUACAUGCAUGAUUAACACUAUGGGGAAAGAGAUGCAUAUUGCAUGUGUUAUCAAAAAUAUGUGCAUUCCUUUUUUACAGUAACCCUUAUUUAUUGUUUGUUUGUUUGUGUGUGUGUGUGUGUGUUAGAGAGAGAGAGACAGAGAGAAAUUCAGAACAUUCAGUGUUUAAAGUUAAAAUUUUAUUAAAUUAAUGUAUAAUAGAAAAUUACUUCAUUAAUGUGUUUUUGCAGUUCAGUGAUCUACUGACAGAGGGCGCUGAGACACAAUUUUGCAUUUAUUGUAUGUUCUUUUGCUGUAGUUUCACUAAUGGCUCUCUGACCCAGCAGCUAAGCUACAUUUACAUUUUAAGUUUUCAAUUUCUUAUUAAGGCAACUUUCAUUGGUGUCUGUAUUCACUCAGAAUUUCCCACAGUUGUUUGGGUUUGAUUCCUGAUAUUUUUUGUAUGCCACAAGGUUAUAUUUAAAGAACUGCAAUGAGUCAAUAGAGUGCUGAGAAAUUACCCUAAAAUAUGAUACAACUUUUAGGCAAAUGGUUUAUAGCAAACACACUGAUCACUUUGUACUGAGAAUGAAUGUUUAUUUGUCUAGUUUCUAUGAAGAUUUUCUUUCUUGUGAUUUUGAGAGAAACGCAGUACAAAAAUGAGCAGAGAGUGACGAUCUUCCGUCUGUGUAUUUACUGCCCAGACGUGACAGAGUUUUCUGUGCUGCAUGAGUCUGUGUCAUUGGUUUUCACUUCUGCUUUUUGUAUUUUUGUGAUAUUUUUUUCCGUUGUGGUGCAUGGUGGUGAAGUUCACAAGUAUCCCUACUUGAGAAUUCGGUUUAGUCUCAUUUUUAUAAUCUGCCCACUUUGGUCAUAUAUCAUAUGUAUCACAUAUGUUUUAGCUAUUUUUAAUUUGUACUUCUCUCGUAUAUAAAGAAUACAGAUCCUGUGGUAAA